AUGCACCGCGACGGGGAAGGUGCUUGGAGUUCAAAAAUGAAAUGCAACCGAAAACGACGACCUCCGACCAAUUGCACGGGGGGCGAAUUCAAAGCGUGCGCUCAGGCGGCCACCCGGCGCAUCGCGGAGCCUUUGCAAGGAAGGAGGCGAGCGGCGCUGCAGGCGAGCGGGCUGGCGGCUCGCAUCCCGGCCAGCGUCACCGAUACACACGCGCGCACUCGCAGACACGCAUCUUGCCCCUUUUCUUGCGGCAAACGGCAGCCAACCCCCUGGCCACGCCCCCCUUGCCACAGCCUCAGCCUAUCAGAGAGCAGGAUCCGGGAGGAGGGUGGAUCGCCUGCCCUUUUUAACUCUUCCCGCACUGCAGCGCUCCAAGGCUUGGAGGAAGGGUCGGGGCUGGUCCACACGUGA